CAUAUGUGCCCAAAGUUCCUCCACAAUGACGAACGUACGGCGUCGACGAUCGCCGUUAUAAAAAGCCAACCUCUUCGCCCGCUUCUCUCUUCCCUUCGAACCCCCUAAAAAUUCAUCCGACCGUGUUUGUCAAAAACUGAUCGAACGAAAUGGAUAAACUCGCCUCCAUCAUCGCCGCUGUCGAGGCUGGGAAACUGCCGACCCAAUCCCAGAUCACCGACUGCACCGACUACACGCUUACACAUCUUAUCACACCCCUAGAAGAGGACGAUUCGUUCAAGCUGAGCGAGUAUGGCUCCAUCCUAGCUCAAGACUUACGAGAAGUCCUCCUUGCAUACAAAAAUCUUGGACUUAACAAAAAUUAUGACAACCUCGUUCAAGAAACCCUCUGGCACUUGGAGGAAUGCAAUCUCUCCGAAGUCCGCGUCGAGCUCGUUUCAAGUGAGGAGACAACCGCCGACCUCGAUGCCUUCCGCGCAUCCAUCCGCACACUCAUCAGAAUCCUCUGGGCAAAUAUCUCAGGCGAGGGGACGAAUCUCCUCAACGACUUUGCGUCCUUUUCGCGGAUCGCUCUUGCAGAUUUCGCGGAAAUAGUCGAAUCACAAGCUGCGCACGCCAAAGAGAGUUUGCGAGAGUUCGAUACGCAGGUUCAGCAGGGCGAAAGGGAUAAUCUUGGUAGGAGGAAGAGGACCCAAGGAGAGAUAGAGCAAGAAGAGGCCGAGGACGCGAAAGUCAAGUUUGAGAAGACGAUGGAUACGGUUAAGGAAUCUGGUUCAAAGGUUAUCGGCACUGCACAGUCUGUGCAGGAGACCGCCAAGGAAACCAGCGAACGCGCGGCGACCCGGCUUCGAGAGGCCUAUUUUAGGAUGAUCGAACGUGCACAAAGCGACGCGGAGUACAAACGCGCACUAUCCACGCUCUUCAGCACGGCGUCCAAAUGGGUGAACAAAGCGGUCGACACAGCAGCCGACCUCGACCAAGCUACCAAACUGGAAACGUUCGUCGACGAUCCCACAGAAGAGAAACACCUGCACCAAGCGAUGUACAACCUCCGCGUGCUCAUCGAGCGCCUUGCAAGUGGAAAAUCCCUCGAUAACUUGUUUGCGAAUUUCCGCGAGUGCGCACUUGACGUCAAGCAGGACGAAGAUAUCAAAUCGUGGUUCAACGAUUUCUUCGCGUACGUUCGCAAGUGUCUCGAGGAGCCUAAAUACGCGCAUACCGACGAAGCGAGCAAAAUUUACGACGUUCUUCGGAAGCGCUGGAAAGACCUCCUUAAUGAGGACUCCGACACUGCUCGCAAGUGGAGAGAUGACGUCACGAAUCUGAGAAACGAAAUGCGCGCGCUGCAGCAGGCCAUCUGCAAAGACUCGGAUAUCAUUCACGUGCGUCGGGCUCAGGAGAAGUGGCACAGUGACUUGGAGAGGAUCGGUGCAGCUGCCAGCAAGGUUGGCGUUCAGUUUGCACUGGAGCAGGGUUCGUGGUUCUGGCAGGACGUGUUCAACGUGUACGCGCCGCGCCUUCUGAGAGCCGCGAAAAACAUCCCCAUACCCAGGACGGAGUACGUCGAUCCAGAAGUUGACUUUGUCCUCGAGAGCCUGGAUAUCUCGUCCCUCAAUCUGCUUCCGGGGCACGUCUACUUGCGCAACAUCACAGAUAUUGACGUCACCGCGCCUGCCGGGGAAUCUACCCACACCGCGUGGGGAACGCUCACCCACAUCCGCAUGCAAGCGCUUGAACUCAGACUCAAAGAGGUAUCCUUCUACUACAAAGACAAAGUCGCCACUGUCGGCCCAAGCGAGUUCACGGGUAUCCUGGAGUUCAAUCUCCCAACGCAGGGUCUGGACGUUGACUUCAAGUUCCGGAUGAUACCUAACACCCCUCUGGGCCUCAAGGAACGUGAAAAGGCGCAACGGUUUUUCAAGGUCGAGCGUGUAGAAGUCCAUCUGGCCGAAAACAUCACAUUCGAGGUGAAGGAAUCUAAUCAUCCCAUCAUUGCUACGGUGUUCAAACCCGUCCUCCUCUCGAGGUUCCGCGAGGCGUUGGAGAGGACGCUCGAGGAACAGAUCCGAGGCGUGUUUGACUUGGUCGACGGUAUCGCAUUCGACGUCUCGAACCGCGCUGAGGUGUUCGAGGACACUGGCCUUGGACACGGGACUGCUGUUGCGGCGGCCAUCUGGAGCGAGAUCGGUAGGAUGAGGAGGAUGGAAGGCGGGUUGUUGAGUGGUUGGAAAGCUACAGGAACGGGAAUCAUCAAGGAGGGUCUCCCGGGAGAUGCGAAGCUUGCCAUGGGUGCAGAACCACAAAUUCUUCCAGGCGAGAAGAGGGGUCCCCUCGGAACUCACGCUGUACCACUUGGCGAGCGACCGGAACUUCAGGGUAUCGUCGAAGGCGGGACUAGCGUGACAGAGAGCAUCAGGCAGGCAGCACGAGAGGGCGCCAGAGAAGUCCAGUCAUUUAGGGAUGCCGUGCGUAGGAAGGCUUUCGAGGAGAAAAGGAGAUCGGGGUGGAAUAGCCAUGCCUAUGAUCUCGGAGCAUAAACGACGCCUUUUCAAUCAUGUUCGUUG